GAAUUGCAUUGUCCAUGGGUCGUGCUCAAAUAGGUGCCUUUUUCUGAUGACGAAACUGCAUCUCUUCAACCACUGUUCACCGUACACGUUUCUCAGCCCACCAGUUCUGGAGGGUGUUCUCGUCUGCCAUGCAGGAACCCUCAAGUCACACCACAUGGAGUAUUUAAAGCUUCAUCUUAAAAUAGAAGCUCGUCCCUCUAUAACCGCCAGUAUCUCAAUUGGACUGUUGUCCUGUGUUUGACUGCACUGCAGGUCAUCAGAUUGUGUGUCUGGUUCCACGCGAGAGGAUAGACAGUAUACUUGCGGUGUGUACAGUAUACUCCAACACGAUCUAGCGGGUCACAGUGAUUUGCUCCGUCUGUGGGGCCAGCUUGCUUGCACGAUUAUGGGGAUGACCGGGGACAAAAUAGAACUUCGCCUGGCGAAUCUGCAAGGCUCCGUGUAUACCUUCACCAACUUUAUAAAUUCCAAGGUUGUAACUAGUUGACCUUGUACAGGAAGGCUGGAUCCAGUCAUAAUUUUAAGUCGUUUUCCGUAUUGUUAUUGCCCUGAUGCCCCAGCUGUUCCUAAAUGUGACUCAGCAAGGGAGUAUACGAUUAGUCUUAUUCCCACGACCCAGGUCCUCUAGUAUAGAUUCGGUCAUUGCCCCUUGUCCUUUCGUGCCAUACCUUCGCAAAGCUCUCUAUUAGGCACACAUAC